AUGACGUCGAUAGCACCAACAAGACACCCAGAAGCUGCUAUACCAACAACUACGGCAACAAAGCGUCAUAACACAACAAAACAUAGAUCUGAGAGUGUCAUCACCCCUGCUCCAACAGCUAAUACCAGUACCAGUAAAAGGGCUUCAAAAGGCGGAUUGGAACAGUAUGUCAAAUUAUCAAUUAGGUUACUACCUCCGGGCCUCAAGGAAGACGAAUUUCUAAAUCAAAUGGCAAAUAUUUAUCCUCAUCAUGCCUCGAAAAUACAUCUUCACUACUUUGUUCAGGGUUCAUAUCCACUGACUCCGUUUGAGCUUCCUAUUUAUAGCAGGGCGUAUGUCAGCUUCAGAAAUGUCCCCGAUUCAUCCGAAUUUCAUUCCUUUGUGAAAAACAAACCUUUUCAGGAUGAGAAGGAUUCUAUUAUUCCAAUUGUGGAAAAGUCAGUUUUCCAAAAGAUGACAACGUCUGAAAAUUUUAGUAUAUUGAAAAGGGAGUCACAAGUCGAUAAGAAUUCCAGUCGUUUGGAAGAUGACGAAAUUUAUAAAAAGUUUCUCCUAUAUUUAGAUAAAGGAUUGGAUGACUUUGAUCUAAAAAGGAUUCAUAAAUCAUUGAACAAGAGGCACAAAGAGGAAAUUAGUAAGGACCAAUCAGUACCGCUCUCGAAAGGUAGCCAGCAUAAAAAGGACACCAAGAGUAAGAAUUCAGCUAAAGGAAAGGAAAAGGACAAGCAAAAGAAACCAAAAGCGAAGACAAAACAGAACGCAAAGAAGAAGGAGAAGGAGAAGGAGAAGGAGAAGGAGAAGGAGAAGGAGAAAGAAGAUGGACAAGACGCCGAUAAAGGUUUAGAAAAGGGAAAGGAAAAUGAGAAUAAAAAGAGGAAGAAGAAGAGAAAAAGACGGGCUCAAGAGCAGGGAACUACUGGUGAGGCGACAGCCGGUAAAGAUGCGAGCAAAGACGAGAAGGUGCCUACCACUGCUAAAGCCCCCGAAAACAAGAAAGACGUAUCAGGUGGUUCCAAGUCUCGCCUGAGACAACGCAAUCGAAAGAGAGGAGGAGAACGGAAAGAAAGUGGCAUCACAAAGCAUGAGGAUGAACCAGCAUCUAGUUUGAAGGAACUCAAACCAAUAAAGAUAUUAAGUAAAAAAUCCAAGCAGGAAACUAGUGAAGCUAACGUCAAAAACUAG